AGAAGAUAGAGAAAGAGAAAGAGAGAGAGAUAUCAAAACAACAACAAUGGAAGAUUCAAGCAGAAAAAGCCAAAAGAAGAAGAAGAAGAACAAAAGCAAGAACAACAUCCCUACUGUUUGGUUCUCACUCAAGAAGUCUCUCCACUGCAAAUCCGAACCAUCCGAGGUCCACGACCCUAAAUCCAAAUCAUCCACCACUACGACCAAACAACACCUCUCUGCAAUCUCAACCAAAAGAAACUCUAGCAUCAGCUCAUCCGGCGGCGCCGCCGUAUGCGGUGGUGGGUUAUCAGGGUGUUCAAGAUCGAUAGCGAAUCUCAAAGACGUAAUCCACGGAAGCAAAAGACAUUUCGAGAAACCACCGAUAAGUAGUCCUCGUUCUAUUGGAAGCAAUGAGUUUCUCAAUCCCAUUACUCAUGAAGUUAUCCUUAGUAACUCAACUUGCGAGCUUAAGAUCACUGGUGUUGGAGACAUGGCUUCACCUGUCGGAGCAGCAGAUUCCGGUGGAGGUGGUGGUGGCGGCGGCGGAGGAGGGAAUGGUCGGUCAACGACUUAUGUUGGUAUGCUGAGACCAGGAACACCGAUGCAUUAUCUUAACCAUUCAGCUUCUUACCGGAGCCAAACGAGAAAAGGGUCGUCUGCUUUGUUGGAGAGAGAUAGAGGAGGAGGAGGAGGAGGAGGAGGAGGAGGAGGAGGAGGAGGAGGAGAAGGGUUUCAUACAAACAGGAGAGUUUCAUUGGAGAUGAACAGAGAGUCUCCCAUUAAUGGAGGCAGUAACUCCUCUGUUUCUUGUCAUAAAUGUGGUGAACAGUUCAAUAAACUUGAAGCUGCUGAAGCUCAUCAUCUCUCUAAACACGCCGUAACAGAGCUAGUAGAAGGUGACUCAUCAAGAAAAAUAGUGGAGAUAAUAUGCAGAACGAGCUGGUUGAAAUCAGAGAACCAAUGUGGAAGAAUCGAUAGAGUUUUAAAAGUACACAACAUGCAAAAAACAUUAGCUAGAUUCGAAGAAUACAGAGAGACAGUUAAAAUCAGAGCGAGCAAACUCCAGAAGAAGCAUCCGAGAUGUCUAGCCGACGGGAACGAGCUGCUUAGGUUCCACGGAACAACAGUGGCUUGUGGUUUAGGUAUAAACGGGUCAACGAGUCUCUGCACGGCGGAGAAAUGUUGUGUUUGCCGGAUUAUAAGAAACGGGUUCUCGUCGAAACGGGAGAAGAACAGUGGGAUUGGUGUCUUCACGGCGUCGACUAGUGGGAGAGCGUUUGAGUCGAUUUUGGGAGAUGGGAGUGGAGAUGGUGAUCGGACGGUGAGGAAAGUGUUGAUUGUGUGUAGGGUUAUAGCCGGGAGAGUUCAUCGGCCGGUGGAGAAUGUGGAGGAGAUGAAUGGGUUGAUGAUGAGUGGGUUUGAUUCAUUGGCUGGCAAAGUUGGUUUGUAUACAAAUGUGGAGGAGCUUUUUUUGCUUAAUCCUAAAGCUUUGCUUCCUUGCUUUGUCGUCAUUUGCAAAUCCUAAGAAUUAUUAGGAAAGAGUUUGAUUUUUGUCAUGAGUGAAUUGUUAUUUUUGUUGAUAAAAAUUUGUUUUAUCGUUAUGAUGAGAAUUGAAAUCAAUAGAAUUCGGAAUCUA